AUGGCUCCGAAGCGCGGUCAGUCGAUUGAACGGACCGACGAGCGCGACGAGUUCAUCAAGAAGCUUGCCGAGUACCACGAGAAGCGCGGGACAACCCUCGAAACCGAGCCCAAAAUCGGCGUACGACAUGUCGACCUCUUCAAACUCUACCAGCGCGUCGUAGACGAAGGCGGCUACGAUCUCGUUUCCGACACCAAGGCCAAACCGUUGAUGUGGCGCAAGUUCGCGGAGGAGUUCAUCGGCAAGAACCAGUACACCGCAGCGCAAGCAUUUCAGAUCAAGAACGUGUACUACAAGAACCUGGUCGCGUACGAGAUCAGCACGCAUUGGGGGAAAGAGCCACCGCCAAAGGAGAUCCUGGAGGACGUGACUGCGAAGGGCGGGAAUGUCAUGGCUCGAACAUUGGAGAACUAUGAAAGGCCGAAGCCUCGAGAGCAGGAGAAUCUGGCAAAUGGUGAUGCAAGCGACGCCAGCCCAGAGCAGAAAACGCCGAAAGAGGAGAAGAUGGAUGGUCUAGAUGAGCCUGGCAGUGCGACAGGCCGGUCUACGAGAGGGUUGAGACAGCAGCCUCCACAACGUGUCCUGUUCCAACCAGACAUCACAUCGGGACGUCACGCCAGGGGACAACAUACGACAUCGCAUGCGUCUCCUUCACCGGCCGCAGGCAUCAACGCUGUCGUGAAUGCCCACUCUCUAACGAAUGGCGCGUCUGCGACUCUUGCAUCGUACGAACCGUCGCAAGCAUAUCCGCUAUCUCUGAAGCCUGUGGUCACACCUGCGAACAACCCUGAGUUCUAUAAGAAUGAACGAAAGCGGAAGUUGGAGGCCAAUGCUGGACCACUGGCAAGGAAGUAUCGUAACAUUAUGCUCCCGGGAACUGGGUUCAUCGGGCCCAAUAUCUACAUCCGCGCACAGCUUGCCAUACAGAGCGGACUGCCCGACGAGGAGCGCUACGCAUUGCACCAUCUCGUCAAGAUCAGUCAUGAGCGUGGUGACAAGUACCGCUUCGAUCAGUUCCCUGGCUUGGCAGAUGCUCUCACCAAGAAGGUCUUACAAGUGACGGGCUUGUUCUAUGACAUUGAUUGGGAUGUUAUGUACGAUGAAGAGUUCUUUGCCGGCGACGACGAAACACUGAAUGGACUUGAUGGAACCCCGGAUAUCCUUCAAAGGCUCAACUCCAGUAUCCCAACCAUAACGGACGAUACGGUAUUGACCGGCGACUUCUUGACUCAGCUAAAUCGCAUCACGGAGGCUGGGCUUGUCAUUCGUAACAUGGCACUGCAAGAGGAGAAUGCAGGUUACCUUGCGCGCCUGCCUUUGAUUCGCGACCUCAUAGCUGUGGUGCUCAACCUGCCUGAGCACUCGAGCAUUGUCGAACUUCGCCAUUAUAUACUCGAUAUCGCUGAGCAGGUGCUAAAGUACAUUGACAUCAGCUCACACGAUGCAAUUUACCAAGGGCUGCUGUCACACAUCUCGAGCCACGAUCGUGGAGCUAUCGCCACUGCACUGCGGACAAUCAGCAGGAUUGCAAUGUCGCAUCCCCAACCCAAACGCCUAGAGGAAAUUCCCAUCAGAACUCUGCGACAUGUCCAGGAACUCUUGUUGAUCGAAGACGAAGAGCUACGUUCUGCAUGUCUCGACUUUCUCGGCCAGUAUACGUCUUUCAGCGACAACGUCGAGACUCUGGUGCAAAGUCUUGAUGCAGAAGUGCUGGCGCAUCAACUCAGCAGAUUCAUUCUAUUCACCGCGAAAGAGCACAAGGAGCAACGUCAUAUCCGGCGACAAGAAUUCAGCGACACUAUCGCGCCUGUGCCACGACUGUCCAAGAGCAUCGUCGAUCAGUUGCUGAAGCUCGAGGAACCUGAACGAUCAUCCGAGUGGCUACGGAUGUGCUUUCAAGCUGACGCAAAUGCUGAGAUGACGCAGAUCUCCCUAUGGCAAGCAUAUCAGGGCACAUUCGCACCUUAUCACGCGACACAUCCGCAUCUUAUCGCUGGGGAGUUCAUCAAGAACGUAAGCACCACGUUUCAAGGUGCCACUGCCCAGGUCGCCGGCUCCAAUAAAUAUGUCAUCAGGGGAAUCAAAUCUCGAAAGGUGCCCGUUGACACGGGAAUAUUGGCUGGAUCGAAGGCUACCGAUAAAGGGAAGGAGCUCACUCGCUGUCACUGGAAGUUCACUGUACACGUUGACGGCAUCAGAGAUCCAAAUACUGGUAUCAUGACGGCUCCCCAGACUCAAGAACGGGAGUGUGCGGAGUGGUCGCGCACAAGCGAUGACAUGCUCCAGCACAUACUGUCUACUCACUUGCAAAUGCCCAAAAAGCUGCCAACGGCCAAAGACGACGACAAGAUGGACAUUGAUGCUGGCACAGCUGCCCCUGCAGUCAACGGUAACCCUACCGGAGCAAAUGGUAGCAGCUACAAUUUCGACUUUGUUGCCGCGGACAAGACUACAUACACCUGCCGAUGGGCAGACUGUCAACGUUCAUCGGCAGAUUUCAGUGGAGGAAAGUCAUCACGCACCAUACUCUACGCCAGGCACAUCAGAACCCAUCUGCCAGAGAUUGAGGCGUCCAGGUCGAAACACAAUCUGAAGAGCAACGCACUGCAUGACUCCUCGCCAGUCGAGAUCACGAGGCUGACGAUGCUCGAGGACGAGAAGGGCGAUGCCACUGGUGUGCCUCUCCGAGCAAUCUUAGUCCUCCGCAACAUGGCACGCUUCAUGCCGCAACGCCUCGACAAGGCAAACGGCGCAGAUGCCAUCAAGAGUGGCCACAAGCAGGAGCAGAAGACCGAUCUGCUUGCCGACAUAUUCGACCCUGAGGUGCGAGAACGCUUGUUCUACGCAAUGUCGCACAGUAAGACGAUGAGAGACUAUGCCGGGGCAGUGUUCAGGGCCAUCAAGCAGAGCGAGGCCAGGGCUGUGCAGACUUAA